UAUUUAUUUAACUUGGACACUGGGAGGAAUAAGUGUGAAAGAGCAGGGUGUGUGCUUGGAGUUCUGCCAAAAAGAAAAAUGGGUGAUAAUGAUUCUCUCUCCGAAUUCCUCGCAUCUGCAGUCGAUGCUGCUCACAAGGCCGGUGAGAUUAUUCGAAAAGGUUUCUACGAGACCAAGCACGUGGAGCACAAAGGACAGGUUGAUUUGGUCACUGAAACUGAUAAAGCAUGUGAAGAGCUCAUAUUUAAUCAUCUCAAGAAACUUUACCCCUCUCAUAAGGCUGGAACUAAACGUGACAAGUUAACAGUAGAUGUCUGUACAAAAAGGAUUAAUAGCUUACUUUUCAAGGUGAGAUCCCUUCGAAUGACUGGCUCCUGUGCUUUGAACCUUUGCGGAAUUGCAUGUGGAAGGCUGGAUGUAUGCUUUGAAAUCGGCUUUGGAGGUCCUUGGGAUGUGGCAGGUGGUGCUGUCAUUGUAAGAGAAGCCGGAGGUGUUAUAUUUGAUCCGUCUGGUGCAGAUUUUGACAUUACAUCUCAGCGAGUAGCAGCUUCCAACCCUUUCUUGAAGGAUGCCCUUGUUGAUGCUCUGCGCCAAACAGAGUGAAAAAUUUGCUAUUAAUUAAUGACGGGGAGAAAUUGCCAUGUUAUGUCAGCCUAUGUUAAUUCAUUUCCCCUUUGUUAAAAUGCUUGAAGUGGGCUGCACGACUUUAUUAUUUUUCCAAUUCUCUUGUGAUCUUACUCACCAAAAUAUUAGUAUACUCUACUUUUUUUUUUUUUUUUCAAAAAUCUCACAUGGUUA